AUGGCUACUCGGGCAGAGCGGCAGCGACUGGCGGAUUUGGCGGCGUUGGGAGAGACUCCGCCACCGCGGCGGACGACAGGCGGGCGCUCGCAACCGGGUGCCGAUGGCGAAGCGCAGGCGGCGAGGCAGCAGGAGCCGUAUCGGACGGGCACGAUUGUAUCGGGACCGCAGGGGGUGACGGUCAUCCAUCCGCACCUGGUGCUGGAUGACGUUGAUCCGCAGGUGCUUGCCGAAGUGAAUGCAGCGUCGUACGCGCCUGCAUCGCCAGCGAUGCUCCCCAUCCGCGACAUGGGCUCAGGGCUGACCUCGGCCUCGGUGGAGUACCACGCCCGCCAGCUGCGGGGCAUCUCCCCCGAGGACGAGGCGCGGCUGGCGGCCGAGCUUGCGGCCGAGGAGGCUUCGCUCGUCAAGGGCUAUUCAUCGGGCGUCAUUCGUGCGUCGGUCGCCGGGCACACUAUCCGGGAGCCGAUGUUCACUCCCGAUCAGCUCUCGCAGUUUGAGGCCGAGCCCGAGCCCGAGUACCACUCGGCCACCAUCCGGGCACGGCGCAAGGGGUACACGACGGCCGGCGCCGAGGAGACAUCAAGCGUCUGAGUAGCGGUCUGCUCUGGCAAGAGCCUUUACUCGGUGGCCAUGGCAGCAGGCGACGACGACGACGACGAAGCGGCGGCGGCUGUGGCAGCCUUGGCGCGUGCAGCGUGGACAUGGGUAAAAUAUGCCAGCUUGUG